AAUACGAUUGCACCUCUAACUUCUUUAUACACCGUGGCAAACGGGCUGCGCUUUGCUUUCUUCUCUGAUGUAUCAUAGCCUCCAUAGUUUGCGGCUAGUUUGACUACUGAGAGGGAGUUCACCGCAAAUUUACACGGCAACCUACUGAUCACCCGACCACCAUCAUGCAGUUUAGUCCACUCUGCUUCUCCAAGAACGACGCCAAAAGAAGUCAACUCAGCGUCUACGCUCUGAAGAAGGUGUGCUUCCAGGGUGUCUUGACCAAGGAGCAUCAAGUGAUAGAGAUAGGAUGAGUCACGGGUCACUUUGCCCGAUGGUUCCUGCUGCCUCACUGCCAACCCUGCCGAAGGCUAGUCGCCACGGACUUGCAUCCAGAAAUGCUACAGUUCGCGACCGAACGCUUCUCCGACCGGGACAUUGUGCAUGACGUCCUCGACAUCGUAACACCCGACCUCGACCCAUUCCUGAAGAAGUACGGCAAGUUCCAGAGGGCAUUUGCUUUCCUGGUGUUUCACAUGAUCCGAGACCAGAGUGCUGCCUACGGGAACAUCGCGAAGCUGCUGACCGACGACGGUGAAUGUCUCGUCGUAGCGGACUCCAGCUAUGGCCUAAUGGACCUGUGGAAGGAUGUUUACGAUAGCGACAAUUGGAAGGGAGUCAUACAGAUAUGUUCCUAACUGUCGCUCCGUUCAAGAAAACUGUUCCCGUGGAAAGGUGGGUAGAAUUCAAGAACCUUGUGGCGGGAACUUGCGGGUCGAAAGAUGUUCCAUACGCCGGGACAGCUUUGGAAGUGAAGCACCAGCUCUGCGACGUUCACGCUCGUCUCUCCAGUAGGGUCAAGAAGUAAAUCGUAAUUUGCCAUUGUCUCCAUGGCAGAGGUAAUAGCUGAGAACUAUUGUAGCAAGCAGGGCUGGGCAGUAUUGUUACACAAUAAUAUCGCAAUAGAAUUUUA